GACUUUUAUUUUGAAACGUCGUCGUCGUUCAUGACACCGGAAGUAGACUCUCACGUUGCGGAAGCAAGCAAAAACAGCGGCAGCACACAUGUUGAAUCAUCAUACAACGAAAAUGGAAUUAAAUUUGAACAAGAAAACAAGCUCACAAGACUUGCUCGCGUGUGGCAACGGAGGUCUUCAUGACAAGCUUCUCCUCAAGUCGAAGGGGCCCAAGGCUGGCAGUUCUUUGCAAACCGAGAGGGUCCCAAGAAGCAGUGUUAUGGACCGACUGCAGACCUUCCUACCCCAGAUGGCCCAGGCCAAUGAGAAGCUCAAGUUGCAGAUGGAGCAGGCACCUGAGGGCCACUAUGACAUAGAGAGGGUGGAGGAGUCUGGAAAGGUCAUAGAGAUGGAUGUGUCGCUGGUGGAGCUCAGUAGUUCGGACAGCGACUCGGAGAGAGAGUCUUCACAGGACAACGGCGCCAACUCAGACUCUGAGGAGGAGAGCGAGCUCACAGAGGAGAACCUCAAACUGCCUGGCAACAGCCAGAGGCAGAUAAAGAAGGUUCAUAUCCAAGUCCUGGAGAAACAAGUGGAUUAGGCCGUUGUAGGCCUCUAAAGAGACUACUGGGACAGUUGCAGUGUAGAAUAUUGACAUGCGUUGGUAAAAUUAAUCAACUGACGUGGGAUCAGUUCUCCUUCUCCAAGCCCUUUUCAUAACCAUUAUGAGUGAAGGAAUAAGAACUUACCGUAGGUCAGUGAGGACAUGGUCCUGGAGGGCUAAUGGAUUAACAGUGGAUGGAGACCUGCUGCAGUGAGGGAUAAAGGGGACACUGGUGUCUACAUAAGGGCCAAAUAUCAUGUGUCAACAGUGCUAUUUGAGCCAUAAUGAGAUGGGAAGUGAGUGCCUUCUCAAGCAUGUGCAGUAAGAAUGUGCCUUACAUAAUUUCCUGUUUAUCUGAUGUAGGAUACACUUAAGGUUAAAGUUCAUAGUGGCUUGAUGGUUCAUUGAUGGCAGAGAAAGAAAUUACGCCUAUCUGUAUUCAAUCCAUUUUUUUUAACCCCUUUUUUUCUCCCCAAUUUCAUGGUAUCCAAUUGUUUUUAGUGGCUACUAUCUUAUCUCAUCACUACAUCUCCCAUAUGGGCUCGGGAGAGAGACGAAGGUUGAAAAUCAUGCGUCCUCCGAUACACAACCCAACCAAGCCGCACUGCUUCUUAACACAGUGCGCAUCCAACCCGGAAGCCAGCCGCACCAAUGUAUUGGAGGAAACACCGUGCACCUGGCAACCUUGGUUAGCGCGCACUGCGCCUGGCCUGCCACAGGAGUCGCGGGUGCGCAAUGAGACAAGGACAUCCCAUCCCGACGCUAGGCUAAUUGUGCGUCGCCCCACGGACCUCCCAGGCGCGACAGAGCCUGGGAGUACAGCGCCCUUAACCACUGAGCCACCCGGGAGGCCCCCAUUUUCAAUAGAACAUUUUCAUAUUGUUUGUGUACAUUUUUAAAUAUGAUUUAUCACUAGCAUAGAUAAUCAAGGCUACAUCUGAAUUAUUUAAGCAUAACUGUUUGACUGAAUUUCUCAUCUUCAACAAAUGCUUUAUAUCUGUCUGCGUUGUUUUAUGAAUAGUCCUAGUUCCGGUUGGUCACAAGGUUUGUGAGCUGUGAAGUUUUCCCCAGGUAAAUUCUUUCCUGAAACAAAAAGUACCGAAACCAUGUACUGUAUUUCAUAAGUGUAUGAAAUCCAAGAUUGUUGUGUAGUUGUGAAUGACACAGCAUACACAAACGCUCAUGUUUAAAAGGAAAAAUGGAAGUAUAGACCAUGAAAUCGGAUAAAUAAGAAACGAGUAUUCACCAUUGUUUGACAUUUACACUACCGUUCAAGUUUAGGGUCACUCAGAACGGUCCUUGUUUUUUUUUAAGGUUAAGGUUAAGCCAUUUUUUUUGUCCAUUAAAAUAAUUGAUCAGAAAUUCAGUGUAGACAUGUUAAUGUUGUAAAUGACUAUUGUAGCUGGAAACGUCUGAUUUAAAAAGAAAAUGUAAUAUCUUCAUAGCUAUACGGAGGCCCAACCAUCACUCCUGUGUUCCAAUGUGUGUUCCAAAGUUGAUAAUUUUAAAAGGCUAAUUGAUCAUUAGUAAACCCUUUUGUAAUUAUGUUAGCACAGCUGAAAACUGUUGUUCUGAUUAAAAUAGCAGUAAAACUGGC